AUGAUGUCACCCCACCCCCCCGCAGCCUCUAGCGGCCGGGAGCUUGCCGGGGCUGGGUCACCCCUCCCCCCAUCGCCAGCCCCGGAUUCCCUCAUCCCCGCCCCGCCUCGACUUGGGCCUCCUCGCUUCUUCCUCCUCCCCUCCCUUCUGCCCGGGCACCUUCUUCCACGCCUUUUGACCUCUGCAAAAACGCUGAUUUGGCACCGCCUCCGGCCGUCGCAGCCCCAGCCGCAGCCGCUGGCCCCGCCCCUGCCCCGCGCCUGCGUCCUAACACCCGGCGGCUAG